CACUGUGUCACUUGGGUAGAGGCUCUUGCUGCACGGUAUAUGGCUGACGUGCGCGGGUCGAUACCACGUGUUGUUGAAGAGCUAAAGAACGCGUGUUGCGUCUCGUCCGACACCAUUCGCCGGUUAUAAGUGGCGCGAGUCGUACCACGCGAUCCUAUUGGCCGGAAGCAUCUCAGCUGAGGUUUAGCGAUACUAUCGUGGCACGACUCUCCUCCUCGUACCACACGAGCCCGCGCGAAUUCCAGUGUUUUUGAUCUUGACCGGCCGGGCUCGUUCCGGUUGCGGCGUCGUUCCACCUGCGAUCGCAGACAGUCUGUGAACGUUCAGCAGAAAAAAAAUAACAAAAAGACAAAAGGAGUGCGAGAGAGGGGAAGGGACGACCAGGACGAAUAAUUCAAGAGCGACGGCAGUCGGUCGGUAGAAGACCGAUCCGUUACGCCGUGGACAUUGAAAGUGUGAUACUCGCGUCUCGUCGAGUUCUCAUUAGUGACGAAGAUUUCGAAGAAGCCCAGAACACUUUCGAUCUCUCGCGGGCGGUGAGAGAUUUACGAGGCUCUGAUAGGAAGCAAGAAUGGCGCCGAAUAUAACCCGCGCACCGACAGAGGUGUUCUUCGAGGAGGAGACCGUGGCUGAGCUGCAACCGAUCGAGAAGAAGCCCAAGUAUGUCAGCCGCAUUGUUUGGAGGAACGUAGUGAUCUUCUCGUAUCUGCAUAUCGCGAGUCUCUACGGGAUCUAUCUGGCGUUCACGUCGGCCAAAUGGGCAACCGUCAUUUUCGCAUUUUUUCUGUACCAAAUGACCGGCUUGGGGAUCACAGCCGGGGCUCACAGAUUGUGGGCACACAGAUCCUACAAGGCCAAGUGGCCGCUCCGUCUGCUCCUCGUAAUUCUGAACACCAUAGCGUUUCAGGACGCCGCGAUCGAUUGGGCCAGAGACCACAGGGUCCACCACAAGUUCAGCGAGACCGACGCCGACCCGCAUAACUCCAAUAGGGGUUUCUUCUUCGCGCACGUAGGUUGGCUCCUCCUCAGGAAGCACCCGGAUGUCAAGGAGAAAGGCAAGGUGAUCGACAUAAGCGAUCUCAAGAGCGAUCCCAUAUUGAUGUUUCAGAAAAAAUAUUACGCCCUGCUGAUGCCUCUGAUGUGCUUUAUCCUGCCUACUGUGAUUCCGGUCGUGUGCUGGAACGAGACCUGGACGAACGCUUACUUCAUACCCACCAUCCUCCGCUAUAUCUUCACUCUGAACGUGACGUGGCUGGUGAAUUCGGCGGCUCAUUUCUUCGGCAACAAGCCUUACGACAAAUACAUCAAUCCUUCGCAAAACAAAAGCGUCGCCAUAAUGGCCUUGGGCGAAGGCUGGCACAAUUAUCACCACGUCUUCCCGUGGGACUACAAGACGUCCGAGUACGGCAACUAUACAUUCAACAUCACAACCGCGUUCAUCGACUUCUUCGCGAAGAUCGGCUGGGCGUACGAUCUGAAGAGCACCUCAGAAGAUAUGGUGAAGAAGCGGGUGGAGAGAACCGGCGACGGCAGCCAUGAUCUGUGGGGUUGGGGCGACAAGGAUCAGACGCAGGAGGAGAGGGAUCAGGUGAUGAUGACGUAUAGUAGCGCGAAGAAUCAGUAGAGUAUGCGUCACGCGUGCGAGAGUCUCAGGUAUAAUGUAGACACUUUUUAGCAUUAGUUUACAGUAGAAGGGGCAGGGAAUUCAGUUAUUUUGUUUAUGCAGAUUCCAAGACAUUCUUCUCGCGAAAGAAAUAAAGAGAGGGAGGGAUGGGGGGAAACGAGUGACUGGGUCGAGAGCCGGCUUUCAGAAACUGUCGACGCGUUGCGCGAUUAUUUGGCGGGUUCCAUGUGUGAUGGUUUCUGAAGAUUCCGGCCAGUAGCGAAGACGAACAUUGUGAUUUUCUUUAACGAUAGUUGCGACACACGGUUUUGCCUCGGGACGGUUUUCCCACGCGCUCGAUCGAUAGCUGGUAAGACGGAUCGCUGCGAUUUCCGCGCGCGCUGCGCCACGUAUUAAUUAUCUGGGCACUUUGUACAGUUUGUAUAAUUUUUUAAACGCGUAAUUGUGUAACGGACAUGCAUAUGUCUUUGCGUAUAUGCGUAAUUGGUACGUACCGAUCGUGAACGCGCGAAUCAGCGUGCUUUCGCGCAUUGAAGCGAUUUGUCGCACUCACACAACUGAAUCAAAUUGCAGGAUAAUUGCGAUUAUCGAUUGUUAGCAGCAAGAUUGACAUGAAGCUUCUUCGACCAUUUAAGCUCGAAUGAGAUUCACGAAGAAGCACGAGAAUUUGAGUAAUAUUUAGGAGAAAUUAUAAACCGGUCCAGUUCUAAUGCUGACGUUAAAUAUGGGGUCUUUGAUAAUUUGUCUUUCGUACACACGAAACUCUCUUGAAAUCUGCUGCAGAGUUUGUCGGAUAUUUAAUCAAUUGCAUUCAACAUUUUCAUUGAUUUCGCAGGGAAUCGUUCGCGUUUUCUCGAUCGAAUGAUUCGCGUAUUCUUUGAUGUGUAAUCCCAACAGUGAUCGUGACGUGCUUCUUCAAUUGGAACCGUCCUUUCAGCGAUAUUGUCUGGAACGUCAACGAAAUUAAUUUAUCGGCGAACGUGAGCAUUAGCUUAUCGCGCCCUCCCUCUGAAAUGUGUAACCCUAGUGUAAGUGAAAGGAAGUCGAGAGAUCAAAUUUGCGGUGUCGAUCGACAGGAGUUAAUUGUAAGCAGUUAAUGAGAAAUUUUCUGUUUCGAUAGCAAGUAUCGAGCGAAUUGCGCGACUUUACGUUUCUUUCUUUUGUUCUUUAGUUCCUAUUUUUUACGGAUUUCAUAUGUUAAGUUAGUUCUCUUACCGGUUAAUCCGAUAUAACUUAUUUAUGCAAGAAAUAAAAAAAGGAAACUACGAAGAUUUAUACUAAUAAGGCGAGCGUCGCGAUAUAAUAAAGCAUGAGCACAUAAUAUUGUAUGAGAUGUCUGUAUUUUCACCGAUGUUAUUUCUUUCUCGAAAAUUGACUUGUGUGCGACACA